CCCCUGGAGCAGAGAGGACGCUCACGCCACCAUGGAGCACAGGGUGAUCUACGUCCUGGUGUUGGUCUGUGCACUGACCCUCAGCUCCCUGGCCCAGGGCCAGCAGGAGACGUGCACGGUGGCCCCUCACCACAGAGACAACUGCGGCUCUCCGGGCAUCACGCCUUCCCAGUGUAAGGACAAGGGCUGCUGUUUCGACAACACAGUUCGUGGGGUCCCGUGGUGCUACUACCCUGUGGCCGUGGACAACCCUCCCGAAGAGGAGUGUCCCUUCUAGAUGCCUGCGGCGGAGCAUCGCCAGGAGCUG